CCCAACCACAUUCUCACUCAUCACAAGUAAUACCCUAAUUCCAAGAUCCCAACCCUAAACCAACAAUGGCUUCACCAUCAUCAUCAAGAAUUGCUGCCCUCUUCCUUCUCCUCAACUUCCUCUUCUUCAUAACAGUCAGCGCCAACUGCCCGCCGCCAACAAGCCCACCAGCAACCCCGACUCCGGCCCCGACUGGUCACAAGCACAAACACAAACACAAGUACUGCCCUAAGGACACAUUGAAGUUGGGAGUUUGUGCAAACCUUCUGAAUGACUUAGUCCACCUAGUUGUGGGAACCCCGCCAAAGACACCUUGCUGCACCUUGAUUGAAGGGCUGGCCGAUCUCGAGGCGGCGGCCUGCCUCUGCACCGCCAUCAAAGCCAAUGUGCUCGGCAUCAACCUUAAUGUCCCUGUCUCCCUUAGCUUGCUCUUGAACUACUGUGGCAAGAAAGUUCCAUAUGGCUUCAAGUGUGCUUAAUCCUUGAUGCUUAAUCAAUCAAACCCUGUAAUGUGUGUCUUGUUUGAUCAUUGAGUGUGUGUGUGUGUGUGUAUAAUGUGGUGAUGUUGUUUGUUUGAUGUCAUGUGUGCUCAGUGUUGCUAUAUAUUGUGUCAUGUUGUUGGGAUAUACAUGUGCACAAGGUUUCUCACCUUUUGUACCAUCUUAUAUAUGAUUUUUGUAAUAAAUUUAAUUUGAGUUUUUAUUUA